AUGGCUGCUCCACCUCUAAAAGGCAUUCGAGUAAUUGAGCUAGCGGGUCUAGCGCCAGGGCCUUUCGCCGGUCUCCUUUUAGCCGACUAUGGCGCCUCCGUCCUUCGCAUCGACCGACCCAAAGCCGCCAGUGGUGACCAACUGACCCGACACAAGUCUUCAAUUACACUAGAUCUCCGCGACUCGAAAUCUCGAGAUGUUCUCCUCCGCCUUCUCACAUCCGCGGAUGUACUAAUCGACCCAUUCCGCCCCGGUGUCCUUGAACGGCUCGGCCUGUCCCCAACAGAAGUCCUCCUGAAACACAACCCGCGUCUCAUUGUCGCACGUAUGACCGGGUUCCGACGCGAUGGCAAAUAUAAAGACAUGGCAGGCCAUGACAUAAACUACAUCGCCGUAUCAGGUGUCCUAUCUAUGCUAGGACGAGCUGGAGACAAGCCCUUCGCACCGGGCAACAUCCUCGGCGAUUUCGCCGGCGGCGGCGCAAUGUGCUUUCUGGGUAUCAUUCUCGCCUUGAUCGCCCGCACAAGCACAGGCCGUGGACAAGUCGUCGAAGCAAACAUGGUAGAUGGAUCGGCCUACCUAGCUACCUUUCCACGGCUAGCACGCCACUUGCCAUCUUGGAAUAAAGCCCGAGGCGAAAACCUGCUUGAUAGCGGAUGUCCCUACUACGACACAUACGAAACCAAGGACGCCGGCAAAUAUUUUGCCGUCGGGGCAUUAGAACCGCAAUUUUAUGCAGCAUUGCUACGCGGGUUAAAUCUUGAUCCGAAAAAGCUUCCCGCGCGUGAAGACCGCGAUAAUUGGCCUGCUUUGCGGGACUUAUUCACGCGCCGUUUUAAGGAGAAGACGCGAGCUGAAUGGGAAGCCGUUUUUGAUGGUACGGAUGCCUGUGCGACUCCUGUUUUGGAGCAGGAGGAGCUUGAGGCUGCUGGGUAUGAUCAGCGGCCUGCUGUUCAUUUGUCUAAAACGCCUGCGGUCCCAUUUACGGCGGAGCAAGGCGGUUGGGUUGGUGGGGGUCUUGCGCCUGGGGAUGGGGGUGAGGAGACACUUCGAGCUUGGAUGGGAUGGGAGCCAAACAAGGAUUUCCUUGUUCGGGAAGACGGCGCGAUCGUCUCCGUGGACGGCAGGGCCAAGUUGUGA